GCAGCCACGGAAGGCCGUCUCUAUGGUGAGGAGGAGGCGGCGGCUGAGGAGGAGUUGGAGAAGCGCGACCGCAGCGGCCCCGGCGCAGGUACAAAAGUAGAGGGGGACGAGAAAGGUGCUUCUGGAGGCGAAUCUUUGGUCCGCCGCAUGACGAGCUGCUGCCUGUUGGCUCCCGAAGCCCCCCCGCCGCCGCCCCCGCCGCCGCCGCCCCCGCCGCCGCCGCCGCCUCCGGGCGCCGCGCCUCUGCCCACCAUGCCCGCAGCCCAUGCCGAGCAGAGCCCGCGGAUCCGGGAAGUUUGGGCUUGCAACCUGGACGAGGAGAUGAAGAAGAUGCGCCCCGUUGUCCAGCAGUACAACUACGUGGCGAUGGACACGGAGUUCCCAGGUGUGGUGGCCAGACCCAUCGGGGAGUUCCGGAGCUAUGCCGACUACCAGUACCAACUCCUGAGGUGCAAUGUGGACUGGCUGAAGAUCAUCCAGCUGGGACUGACGUUCAUGAACGAGCAGGGAGAGUGCCCCCCGGGCACCUGCACGUGGCAGUUCAAUUUUAAAUUCAACUUGAAGGAGGACAUGUACGCCCAGGACUCCAUCGAGCUCCUCACCAUGUCCGGGAUCCAGUUCCAGAAGCACGAGGAGGAAGGCAUCGAGGCACAGUACUUCGCCGAGCUCCUGAUGACAUCGGGAGUGGUGCUGUGUGAAGGGGUCAAGUGGCUCUCCUUUCACAGCGGCUACGACUUCGGCUACUUCAUCAAGAUCCUCACCAACGCGCCCUUGCCCGAAGAAGCUCACGACUUCUUCGAGAUCCUGCGACUGUUCUUUCCCGUCAUCUAUGACAUCAAGUACCUCAUGAAGAGCUGCAAGAACCUCAGGGGCGGACUGCAGGAAGUGGCCACUCAGCUGGAGCUAGAACGCAUAGGCUCCCAGCACCAGGCGGGGUCCGAUUCCUUACUCACGGGCAUGGCCUUUUUCAAAAUGAGAGAAAUGUUCUUCGAAGACCACAUUGACGACGCCAAGUAUUCCGGUUACUUGUACGGCCUUGGAUCUGGAGCAACCCACGUCCAGAAAAAAAAACAAAAGAGAGGCCAGAACACUGUCCAGAGCAGCUUCCAGAACACUGUCCAGAGCAAUUACCCGGGCAACUUCCCAGGCAACUUCCCGGGCAACUUCCCGGGCAACUUCCCGGGCAACUUCCCAGGCAACUUCCCGGGCAGCUACCAGAACAGUUUCCAGAGCAGCUACCAGAACAGCAUCCAGGAUGUCCAGAAUGUCCAGAAUGUCCAGAAUGUCCAGUAUGUCCAGUAUGUCCAGUAUGGCAGAGAUCCAGCAUGGAGAGGAGACCAGCAGGCAUACAUGAGCAUGCAAGAGAUGCCACCACUUGAGGGUGAGGACCAAGAAUUCUACACGUAUGGAGAGUGAAUCGGCUCAGAUCUUCUGUUUCAGUGGAAGGUUGGGGUUCCCUUGAUGUUUGCCUGAAAAUUGAUCAUCUGCCAGUUUUACACACCAUUCCCUCGUUUUGGACCCCUGGAACAGAGUACAUUCACUGUGCUGCAAAUUGUUGACUCAGCUAAGCUAACCCAAGAAGGAAAAGGAGAACUCAGUGUCUCCUUUUCCUGGUGUUUCAUCUUCUAAGCACCUCUAGUGUUCUUGGUUUUGAAUUGGUAUAUGUAUUAGAUCUGUGACUGACUAAAUGUUCAAUCCAGCUUUACGCCCUUCAGCAAAGUCCCUUGUGACUGGCUUUCAAGAUCUGUCAGGGAGCUGGCACCCAAGGAGCGUCAGCCUGAAGUUCUGUUGACAGCUUCUUUCCUUUUAUCUCCUUUAUGCCUUUUAAUUCUACUAACAUUUCUUCUUUCUCCUAACCCCCUAUCCCCCACCUUUUAAUAGAGUCAUGUUUACCAUGUAUUUGAUUUGAUGAUUCUGCAGGUCAGCUUGGUAUUAGAACGUCCAAAGAGAGCAAAGCCACCUUAGGUAUAUUUUAUGCCAAAUUGAAUUUGAAGAAUUCAGAUUGUGCUUUUAUAGUUGCUAGAAAGACAAAGCUAAGUCAGAGUCUUGUUGUGAAACAACAGAGUCCCCAAAUUAACUUGAAUAAUAUUAGUCUUCUGAGGACUAUAAUGAUUAUUUAUUUUUGUGUGUAUAUUUUUGCCAUAUAUUUUCUAUCUAUUGACAGAAAUAACUGUGAAGUAUUUUCUUAGCCAUGCAGAGUAUGUGACCAGGCCAGAGCACGUGAAGGAAGAACUUGGUCAUCAGAAAUGAAAUACUAGUCAGAAAUGAUAGAUGGCAAGUGUGUAUGUCUAUGUUACCUGCACUUCAGUCAGUAACAUUUGCUGUUUACCAGAUGGCCUUGUCUCCCUUGUCCUUUAAUACUCUUUUCUCAUUAAGUUUGCCAGAACCUUGACUCAGUGGGAAAUAUGGAUUGAGUGAGCCUCAAAGGAGGAAAAGUUACAAAGUGUUGGUGGUAGAGGGAGAUGGGGAGCAAGGAGUAUUCCAACUCCUCCACCUUGAUGAGUGAGUGGGAGGGAGGGUGGGGGGUGGGGGAAUGAAUGAUCAAGAAUGCAAUCCAGGAAGGAAGAAGUGGGAAAGGAGAAGGUGGUAUCACUCCUAGUGCCCAGUACAGUGCCAGGCACAGAGCAGGCAUUUGAUGAGUGUGUGGUUCUCAGACUCUCUGGCUUCCUUCAAGGCUCAGGCCAAGGGACACCUUCUGCAGGAGGCCUUUCCCAGCUCCCUCAGCUGCUAGUGCCUUCCCCUCGCAUAUUGCCUUCCACCUACUCUGUCUCUAUCUUGUGUGUACCUAGUUACAAGUUGUCUCCCCUGUUAGAGUGUGAGCUCCUUGAGAGCCCAGAUAGUGUUUUUUGCCUUUCAUUGUAUCCCCAGUGCUUAGCACAGUGUUUGACACACAGG